UUCCCGGAGAACAGCAGUGCCCCAGCCCUGGUCUUCCAUCCCAGAGCCUCGCCCGCCCGCACAGCACCAGGAUGGCCACCAUCACCUGCACCCGCUUCACAGAAGAGUACCAGCUCUUUGAGGAACUGGGAAAGGGAGCCUUCUCGGUGGUGCGCAGGUGUGUGAAGGUGCUGGCUGGCCAGGAGUAUGCUGCCAAGAUCAUCAACACCAAGAAACUCUCAGCCAGAGACCAUCAGAAGCUGGAGCGCGAAGCUCGCAUCUGCCGCCUGCUGAAGCACCCCAACAUCGUCCGGCUCCAUGACAGCAUCUCCGAGGAAGGACACCAUUACUUGAUCUUUGAUCUGGUCACUGGUGGGGAGCUGUUUGAGGACAUCGUGGCCCGGGAGUAUUACAGUGAGGCUGAUGCCAGUCACUGUAUCCAGCAGAUCCUGGAGGCCGUGCUGCACUGCCACCAGAUGGGGGUGGUGCACCGGGACCUGAAGCCGGAGAAUCUGCUGCUGGCCUCCAAGCUCAAGGGCGCCGCGGUGAAGCUGGCGGACUUUGGCCUGGCCAUAGAGGUGGAGGGGGAGCAGCAGGCAUGGUUCGGAUUCGCAGGGACCCCUGGAUACCUCUCCCCGGAAGUGCUGCGGAAGGACCCGUACGGGAAGCCUGUGGACCUGUGGGCCUGCGGGGUCAUCCUGUACAUCCUGCUAGUUGGGUAUCCCCCGUUCUGGGAUGAGGACCAGCACCGCUUGUAUCAGCAGAUCAAAGCCGGCGCCUAUGAUUUCCCAUCACCAGAGUGGGACACCGUCACCCCAGAAGCCAAGGAUCUGAUCAAUAAGAUGCUGACCAUCAACCCGUCCAAACGCAUCACGGCCGCUGAGGCCCUCAAGCACCCCUGGAUCUCGCACCGGUCCACCGUGGCCUCCUGCAUGCACAGACAGGAGACCGUGGACUGCCUGAAGAAGUUCAACGCCAGGAGAAAACUCAAGGGGGCUAUCCUCACCACGAUGCUGGCCACCCGGAACUUCUCUGGAGGGAAGAGUGGAGGAAACAAGAAGAAUGAUGGUGUGAAGAAAAGAAAGUCCAGUUCCAGCGUUCAGUUAAUGGAAUCUUCAGAAAGCACCAACACCACCAUUGAGGACGAAGACACCAAAGUGCGGAAACAGGAAAUUAUAAAAGUGACAGAGCAGCUGAUUGAAGCCAUAAGCAAUGGAGAUUUUGAGUCCUACACGAAGAUGUGUGACCCCGGAAUGACAGCCUUCGAACCCGAGGCCCUGGGGAACCUGGUCGAGGGCCUGGACUUCCAUCGAUUCUAUUUUGAAAACCUGUGGUCCCGGAACAGCAAGCCCGUGCACACCACCAUUCUGAACCCUCACAUCCACCUGAUGGGUGACGAGUCGGCCUGCAUCGCCUACAUCCGUAUCACACAGUACCUGGACGCCGGCGGCAUCCCCCGCACGGCCCAGUCCGAGGAGACCCGCGUCUGGCACCGCCGGGACGGCAAAUGGCAGAUCGUCCACUUCCACAGAUCUGGGGCACCCUCUGUCCUGCCCCAUUGAGGGACCAGCCUGGGGCACUGCACUGCAGAGAUCUACUCUUCGUUCGUGGAAUGUCGCUGCUGUUUCUCCCACCUUGGAUUUUGCUGGAAUUCCCUCAAUCACGUCAGCCCGCUACCACCACCAUCACCGUCACCUUCAUACCUGCCUCAAGAAAGCCUACCCCCAAAAGCCAUCACGUCUUCAGAGCAAAAGGCCACAUCUCCCCACCUACCACUUGUCACUCUCAGUCUCUGUCCCCGGCCAGGGCGGAGCUUCCUCAGGCCUGGGUGCCCUGCGUGGCCCCCUGGCCCUCCCACCUGGCUGUCACAGGCCUGGCUGGCCUCGGAUGCAGACCAGAAGGCCCAGCUGUGUGCUCGCCCAGGGGCCGGGGAGAAGGAGAGGCCGAGUCGGGAGAUCCCUGAUCUCUCCUCUUCCAGGGAUCCCCCUUGGGAAAGGCAGAUGAACCCCCAACCCCCCGAGCCGACCUCCCCUGUGGGAGAGAGAGAAGAGCAGACACCAGGAGCCUCCUGCUUCAGACUGCCACCCAACCUCCUCUCCUGUCCUGCCCUCCCUCCCGGUCUCUGCCUGCCGCUUCUCCCUCGGUGUGGGGGGCGCGAUCCUCUCAGGGUGCCCCCACUUUGUUCCUUCUUCCUUCUCUGAUGUUUACCUCCAACACUAACUGCCCAUUCCACCCCUCCGUCAGGCCUGGGGAAUUCCAGCUUCAUCACAUCUAAGGGAGAAAACCUGAUUGCUUUUUGGGGGCAAAAGAAAGCAAUGUUUAGGUAUCACUUCUACUUGGACCGCAUGCCUUUUUAUAGCCAAACUCCUGUGUGUUUCGUAAAUGGGUUUCGCGUUAAUGGAUAUUUAUGUAAUAACUAGACCUCUCAAUUAUUGCGAAGAGGGUUGGGUUGAGUUGAGAAGGGAGGUGGAAAGAGGGCAGAGGGGCAUUUUUUUUUUUCUGUUCUAGGUCUUUUAUUUAUUUAUUUUUAAAUGUCAUCUCUGAGAUGGAUUUGUCACCAAUGGUCACCCCCGGCAGGCAGCGGGACUCAGCCCUAGCGGGAAGGACGUCACGGAAGUUUUGGUCCCAAGGUUCUUUUGAGGACCAAAUCAGUUGUUGGUGCUGAUAAGCAACAGUAAAUCGGGGCGGAGAGAGUGAGGGAGGUUGUCAGGAUGGAAAUACCUGGACUUUUCUUUGCUUGCCUCCCAAACCGGGGUCCUCAUCAUGGCGCAUCCCAGGAUUUCAUCCCACCUCAUCUGCGUGCCACCCCCAGCACCCCCACCCAUCUCUGGGGGUGGUUCAUCAGCAUGUGUCUUCAUCGUCUGCCCCCUCGGUGUCUGCUGGUCCAAGCAGAGCCCUGGAAUGUCUACUCUUCACGCCUCGUGCCGCAGCCGUGGGUUCGCAUCGUUCCUUCUUCCCCUGCGCCCUCUUCCCCGGGAAUUGACUCUGAUGUGGAAGCCUUGGCACGUCCACUAGGAUCUACUGUCUGCACUGUUUUCUUUGCAUGACUUUAUAUGCAGUAAGUAUGUUGAAAAAAACCAGAAAAGAAGAAAAAACACUCAGCAAAUCCAAUCUACAUGUUUUGGACAAAAAAAGAAAUAGAGGUUGUAUUCUCAGUGUCCGACUCGGAAAUAUGUUGCUGCCUCUCUGUGCUUUUGGCCUCUGUGUGGCCGUGUUUUGCCAGCAUGAGAUAUUGUCCCCUCUGGAGGAUUUUAGGGGAGGAAGAGCCACAUCCCCAUGGCUUGGGAGGAGGCACUGAUUCCCUCUGGGGAGUCCUGGGUGGUGGCUGGAGCAGGACUGAUGGGGACGUUUGACCUUUCUGAGUUUUCCCUGAUUGCGGGCUGUCUGCUGGGCUCUUCUCUCAACUGCUGCUGCCCCAGGGACAGGUGAGGCAGGCAGGCCAGGGGCUACAGGCCAGGAAAGAGGCUGCCCGAGUCUCCCGGUCUCCAAACUGGUUGAUCACUGGCCUCUAGCCUUGGCAGAGACCCUGCUGCCGAGGCCCAGGGGUGGGCGCUUGGCCUGUCCCAGGCCCAGAGGGCUCCCCAGUCAAGCGCAGUGAUCCCAGAGCCCCUGAAGCAAAGCCGCCUGCCUCCCUGUGAGCUGCCAGCUCCCACGGCCAUCCCCAAGCCAAAGGUGCGGCCUUCGCCAGGGGAUGCUGCAGCUACCAAGGCCAAGUCUGGUCCCUUCUUCAGCCUUGGUGUCCCCAUCAGUCAAAGGGGUUAAACAUUCCUGCCCAGCCUGUGUUGCAGGGCUGAUGGGGGAUCAAAUGGGGUGGCGAGGAGAAGCCCAAUAUGUCCAUGAGAACCGACAGGGUUAGUCCCUGGCUGGACUCCUGUUCCAUUCUGAGCCUGGCCAGUCCCCUCCCCUCCCCCGCCUGCCCCCUCAAGUCUCCUCUUUGGUGCCUGUCCGCUGCUUACCAGCAGUGAACUGUGGGGCAGGAGCCGUGGUUUGGGGGUUAUUAGGAUGCCAUUCCCAGCUCUGACCAGACUUGCUGUGUGACCCUGGGCAAGUCCUUUCCCCGUGCUAGUCCUCAGUUUCCCACCAGAGGAAACUGAGCUGGAGGACACCAAUGUCCUGCCUUUCAUCUGCUGACACACCUCCUGUCCACUGUGUCCCUCUCUAAGUACCAGGAAGUGGAGGCAGUCCCUUCCCCGUGGCCCGCUGUGGAGGCCACACCUGUGGAGUCAGCCAGGUGGCGCGGGCCACAGGACACCCGUGUGAUCCUGGGGCAGCAGGCGGGGAAGGGAGGAUGGCGGACAGAGCAGCCCAGAGCCCACCCCCACCAGACAGUCAACUCUGUGCUCCUCCAAAACACCCUGUAGAUGCAAAAAAAAUCCAGACCUAAGACAAGACCUAGGUUCCAGCAUGCAAACACGUUUACAGGAAAGUAUUCUCCUGGGUUCAUGCCUCCCGUGGCGCUAACCCUGACCGUGGCCUCCUGUCUCCCUUCUAGGGAAGACCCCCUGGGGGGAUGUGUUUGCAGACUCCCCGUGCUGGUUUCUUUGUUAUUAUCUGUUUGGGGUUUUGUUUCGGUUCUUUCUUUUCUUUCUUGUUUUCUUUUCUGUUUUUAAAAAUAUGUGGCUGUGAACUUGAAUGACCACUGCUCAAACUUUCUGCUAUUGGGGAGGGAGGGGGGAAAAG